GAAUUUUUUUCUUGGUUUUUUCUUGGGUGAGCGCGGAAGACUUUGAUAAUUAAUUGUAUUAUUGUUGUGUUGUUAUUAAAUAUUGUACUAUAAAAGAGAAAAUGCCAACAGCUAAACCAAGAGUGCUCGUUUUGGGAGGAACUGGAUUUGUCGGUAGACAUUUUGUUAAAUACCUUGUGGAUAAAGAUUUGGCUAGUAAGAUUAGAGUUGCUGAUAAGCAAUUGCCAAAGACUGCCUACUUGUCCGAAGAAUUCCUCAACAUUUAUGAAAACAAUCCAAUUGUUGAAUUCAAACAAGCUAACUUGUCUAAUCCAACUCACAUUAAAAAGGCUUUUGAAGAUACCACUGGACCAUAUCAAUUUGUUGUCAAUUUGGCUGCUGAAACCAGAUACGGACAAGAAGAAGCCACUUACAAGCAAAUGAUUUUCGACAUUUCUAUUAACUGUGCCAAGGAAGCUCUCAAUUACUUGUCAUCAAUUGAAAAGUAUGUUGAAGUUAGUACUGCUCAAGUCUAUGACUCUGGUAGCAAGGCCAGUAAAGAAACUGACAAGAUUGCUCCAUGGACUAAUCAAGCUAAGUUCAAGGCUCAAGCUGAAGAUGAAUUGAAAAAGCUUUCACCUGAACUCUCUCAAAAAUUGGUCAUUCUUCGUCCAUCAAUAAUUUAUGGACCUGCUGAUUUGAAUGGUCUUACUCCACGUAUUACUUGUGCCUGUACUUAUACUCUCACCAAGGAUAAGAUGAAAUUCUUGUGGAGUGGUGAUUUGUGUAUUAAUACUGUUCACGUUAGAGAUGUUGCUCGUGCUCUCUGGCAUGUCUACAUGAAUACCAAAUCAACUGGAACUCUUGUCUAUAAUUUGAGUGAUAAGAAUCAAACAGAUCAAAAGAAGAUUAAUGAAAUUUUCGAACAAAUUUUCGGAAUUGAAACUGGAUUCUUUGGAACACUUCUCUCACAAGCAGCCAAAUUGAACAUGAAGAGUGCUGCUGAAACUGCUAACGAAAAUCACAUGAAUCCUUGGAGUGAAAUGAUCAAACAAUCAGGAAUCAAAUUUACUCCUCUUUCACCUUACAUUGAUAAGGAAUUAUUGUACAAUAACUCACUCUCUGUUGAUGGAUCAUUGAUUGAAAAGGAUACUGGCUUCAAUUAUGAACAUCCAAAGGUUACCAAGGAUCUUAUUGAAGAACAAAUCAAAUACUUUAAGAAUUUGAAUUUAUUCCCUGAUUUUACAAAGAUUUCCAAGUAAAAUAAUUAUCUUUUUC